AUGAGCAAGUUUGGUAGCCACCCCACCGCGGAGACUGAAUCGGUUCCUGAUCAAUUCUUGGACGAAGAUACCCUCAGCGAUGACUUGUACCAGCACACCAACAACGACCUGGAAGACAACUGCAGUGUGCACAGCAGUACAGGUCGAACGACAAAGUCCGGCUCGGAGGAAGACGAUGAUGGAAAGCUGCAGUUUGCCAAGAGAGAAACACAGGCAGUGCUCCGGCUCAGGCUGCUCGUCUUUGACUUUUUGAUUGUGGCCACCAUUGCCGUGAGUCUCAUCACCUACUUUACUUCUACCAGCGCUGAGAUGGCCGAGUACAACUCGCAGUAUGAUGCAGCCGCUGAGAAGGUGAUGGACGCCUUUAUGGACAUUGCCGUCUCCAAGCUGGCCGCCGUGUCCGGAUUGGCCGUGACAAUGGCGGCUCAUGCGGAAGAGACUCAAAGCCUUUUCCCCUUUGUGACUCUCUCGCGGUUUCAAGAACGAGCGGCAACCUACUUGGAUCAGUCGGGCGCCUUGUACAUUCAUGUCAGCCCUCUGGUGGUCAAGGAGCAGCGCAAGGACUGGGAGCUGUACGUGACGGGCAAUGAGUCUCUAUGGAUUGAGGAGGGUCUCCAGUACCAAGACAACAUUGGUUUGCUCAACUUUACAGACAUGCCUGAUAAGCACGAAGAGCACGAUCACAUCGCAGAGCGUUGGCCUAUUUGGUUCCACAACCUCAAGGGUUUGGCCGUAACAGACAAGGGGCAAGGACCCUACCUGCCCACCUGGCAAACCACCCCCAUCGUCUACAAUGGUCAGGAGGUGAACGAGAACAUUCUCAAGUCUCGUCGUGCUUAUAUCGGAGCCAAUCUAUCCCUCUCGAGUCGCUCUGUUGUUGUCGACAAGUUCUUGAUGGCGCCACCAGGAAGCAUGAAUUCGACUGGCAACCAGGACACCGAAUGGUUUUCUCUAUUGCUUGGGAUCAAACAACAGCAGCAAGUCUACUAUCCAGGCGACCCUCUUAGCCAGGUCUUUGUCCCUGUCUUUGAUACGCUGGAUAAGGAAUCCCAAAAGGCCGUAGGAGUGCAAACGGUAUGGAUUAGGUGGUUGGACUACUUCAAGGGAAUCCUCCCCGAAAAGAAGGUUGGAAUCUACGUUGUUCUCAGUGACUCCUGUGGGGGUAACUUUACCUACAUUAUCAAUGGAAAGGACGUUGUGGCCGCGGGUGAAGGUGAUCAACACCAGAGACGUUACGAUGAUAUGGUGAGGACGACGUCGCUGGAAUCCGUCACAAGCAUCGAUGAUGGAACCGAACAAGGUCUGCCCAUCAUGCAGGGUCACUGCAACGUCAACGUGCAGGUGUACCCGUCCAAUGAGUUCCAUUCCAUCUACAACACCAACAUCCCGGCCUUUAUGACAGCCGCUGUGGUACUCAUCUUUGUAUGCACCGCCUUGCUCUUCAUCAUGUAUGAUCGAUUGGUCGAGAGGAGACAACGACUUGUCAUGGCCAACGCCGAGCAGACGAACGCCAUUGUGUCAUCCCUCUUCCCCAAGCAAGUCCGAGAUCGACUCAUGCAGCAGGCGGCUCCUGUUAAGGACGCCAAUGGGCGCAGCAGUUCCUUCAUGGCUCCGAACCGCCGUUUGAAGGGAUACUUGAAUGGCGUGGAGGACGAUGACAUGUGCUUGGCCCCAAUCGCCGAUCUGUUCCCGCACUGCACUGUUCUAUUUGCGGAUAUUUCUGGCUUUACAGCCUGGAGUUCCACUCGUGAUCCGGCACAAGUGUUCAUCCUACUUCAGACUGUUUAUCAGGCCUUUGAUCGAAUUGCCAAGAGGAGAAAGGUCUUCAAGGUCGAAACAAUCGGCGACAGCUAUGUAGCGGUAACCGGUCUUCCAGAGCCUCAAGAGAUGCAUGCUGUGAUAAUGUCUCGUUUUGCUGCUGAAUGUCGCAUCAAGAUGAACCAGCUGGUGAACCAGCUAGAGACAAGCUUAGGGCCAGACACUGCAGACCUUUCCAUGAGAUUUGGGCUUCACUCAGGGCCUGUGACAGCCGGGGUGCUCCGAGGUGAACGUGCUAGGUUCCAGUUAUUUGGGGAUACAGUCAACACCGCUGCAAGAAUGGAAAGUACUGGCGAACGAGACAUGAUUCAGAUAUCGCACAUAACCUACGAGCUUCUGCUGGAAGCCGGAAAGCAUACAUGGGUAAAGCCUCGUUUGGACUGUGUCAAAGCCAAAGGGAAAGGAACCCUUCGUACGUACUGGCUCCAAAUCAGUGGCUCUCGCAAAGCUAGCAGCAACUCGGACGAAAAUGGAUCUGCUGGGCUCCUCCUUCCUGCAGACAGCUCGGAUACCCUCUCCGACAAUCCCUCUCCAAUUCCAGCUUCCGUCUCCACCGGGGCCAACGUUGUCGAUGCGAAUGCUGCCAAGAAACAAGCCCGUUUGGUCAACUGGAUGGUUGAAUUGUUCAAGGAACACAUCCAGAAGAUGUUGGCCCAACGGAGUAAACCAUCUAACAGAGCUCAGAGAGCACCGAGGGCGCAUUACACGCCCAGAAUGGACCAAACCAGCCUGGACGAAGUUGCUGAAGUCAUCUAUCUGCCUCGCUUCAACGCCAAGACUCUUGCGGACGUCAAAGAUCCAAAGUUUGUUCCCGUGUCCCCUAUAGUGAUUCGACAGCUUCACAAAUUCAUCACUACCAUUGCCAAUCACUACCUCGAUAAUCCUUUCCAUAAUUUCGAACAUGCUUGUCACGUCACCAUGGCCACUAAUAAGUUUUUGAAGAGGAUUGUCACGCCAGAUCUUGGAAAGGGAGAAGAGAAGGAGAUGGCAGCCAAAAUGCAUGACUAUACGCACGGCAUCAACUCGGAUCCGUUGACCCUGCUAGCAAUUGUCUUUAGUGCGCUUAUCCAUGAUGUGGACCACCGUGGUGUCUCCAAUGGCCAGUUGGUGAAGGAAAACCAGGAAAUGUUUGAACGAUAUGGGAACAAGAGUGUGGCAGAGCAGAACUCAUUAGAUCUUGCCUGGGACCUCCUGAUGGGUGAGCAGUUUGAGGAGCUGCGUGACUGCCUCUUUACCAACAACAAGGAGCUGUAUCGAUUCCGGCAGGUGAUCGUCAACGUUGUGCUGGCCACAGAUAUCUUCGACCCUGAAUUGAAUGGCCUGAGAAAGAAGCGCUGGGAGAGGGCAUUCUCCACAGAAAUCUCUGACGACGAGAAUCGUGAUCUUCGUGCAACAAUUGUCAUCGAGCACAUCAUCCAAGCUUCUGAUGUUUCGCACACAAUGCAGCACUGGCACAUUUACCGCAAGUGGAAUCAGCGGCUCUUCUUGGAACUGUACAGAGCGUAUUGUGAAGGCCGCAUGGCAAAGGAUCCCAGUGAAUUCUGGUACAAGGGAGAAAUUGGCUUCUUUGACAACUAUAUCAUCCCACUGGCCAAGAAGCUGAAGGAUUGCCAAGUGUUUGGUGUCUCCAGCGAUGAAUGUCUGAACUACGCCAUUCAAAACAGGGACGAGUGGAAAGAAAAGGGGCAGGAAAUCGUGGCAGAAAUGAUGCAGGAUGUCACUGAGAUGGAAAUGCGUCCUCUGUAG